AUGCCCACUAUCAGUGUUGAUAAAGUCAAGCUCUAUGAAGCUCUCGGGCAAGAGUACACUACAGAGGAGUUCGAGGAAUUAUGCUUCGACUUUGGAAUCGAGUUGGACGAGGACACAUCAAAUUCGGAACGACCAAUAGUGAACGGAAAACAAGAACCUGCACAACUCAAAAUCGAAAUUCCCGCCAAUCGAUAUGAUAUGCUCUGCUUCGAAGGUAUAGCUCUUAUGCUGAAUAUCUUCAGAGAGAAAACGCCCUUCCCAAAUUAUAGAUUGGUUAAACCAGAGAGUGGAAACUUGGAGACCUUAACAGUUCACCAAGACACAAUGAAAGUGCGACCAUAUGUCUCGGCAUCUAUUCUGCGAAAUGUUACCUUCACCCAAGAUAGUUAUGACUCUUUCAUUUCGCUACAAGACAAGCUCCAUCAGAAUCUUGCUCGACAGCGCACUUUAGUUGCGAUCGGUACACAUGAUUUGGACACAGUUAAGGGACCUUUCACCUACGAGGCACUUCCCCCGAAGGAUAUCGCUUUUACACCUUUGAACCAAACCAAAGAGAUGAACGCGGAGGAGUUGAUGCAAUUCUAUGAGAACGACAAACACUUGGGGAAAUACCUACACAUUAUCCGAGAUAAACCAGUAUACCCAGCUAUUUACGAUUCAAAUCGCACCGUCAUGUCGAUGCCUCCAAUCAUCAACGGAAAUCAUUCUAAGAUUUCUUUGGAAACCAAGAAUAUUUUUAUUGAGAUGACUGGUACGGACCGCACAAAGUUGGAAAUAGUAAACAACAUAAUCGUUUCUAUGUUCUCGCAAUACUGCGCGGAACCAUUCACAAUCGAGCCUGUCAAGAUCAUCUCGGAGCACAAUCAGGAAACUCGACAAACUCCUAAUCUCAGCCCUCGACAAGCUGAGGCAGAGGUGGACUAUAUCAAUAACUGUUGCGGCCUCUCAGAAUCGCCAGAAAACAUCUGUGAACUUCUCAAGAAGAUGUGUUUAUCUGCAAAACCUUCCUCAAAAGACAAGAAUUUACUGGAUGUCUCGAUACCACCGACCCGAGCUGAUGUUCUUCACCAAUGCGACAUUAUGGAAGACGUUGCUAUUGCUUAUGGUUUCAACAACCUUCCCCGCACAUCCCCAAGUAAAGCCUCCACAAUUGCCAAACCCCUCCCCAUCAACAAACUUGGCGAUAUCGUAAGAAUGGAAACCGCCAUGGCAGGCUGGAGCGAAGUCAUGCCGUUAAUCCUCUGUUCCCACGAUGAAAAUUUUGCUUGGCUCAACCGCAAAGACGAUGGCACUACCGCUGUUCGUCUCGCUAACCCUAAGACGGCUGAAUACCAAGUUGUCCGUACAUCCCUACUUCCCGGUCUUCUUAAAACCAUUCGUGAAAAUAAGAAACACAGCCUCCCUCUCAAAGUCUUCGAAGUAUCCGACGUUGCUUUCAAAGAUAUGAGCUUAGAGCGCAAAUCGCGGAAUGAGCGUCAUUUCGCAGCAGCGUGGUACGGUAAAACCAGUGGUUUCGAAGUUAUCCACGGCUUACUUGAUCGCGUUUUACUCAUGUUGCAGACCGCUUUCCUUACACAUGAAGAGGGCUUAGAGGGUAAGAAAAUGGAUUUUGCAAUCAAGGAAAAUCCCACAAAACCAGAUGGAUACUGGAUCGAGGAGAUCGACGAGCCAACCUUCUUUGCCGGUCACGCGGCUGCAAUUUAUUUGCGUCUGGGAGAUAUCCUGUCAGCACUUUAG